AUGUGUGCCAUGCCAGGGUCACCAGCUCUCAAUCAUCGAGGCAGACAUUCUCCACAGUUUGCUGCACUCCAGAGCUUACCCUUUCUCCAUCAAAUCUACAAUGCCAUCUUACCCCUAAACUUUACCAACACAUUGACACGUCUUGCACUACACCUUCUGUCAAUGUACUUCCUCUGCAAGGUGCUCAUGUUAUGGUUUGUCCUUGUCUUGCAGGCAUCAACUUAUCGGAGGCAACAUCAACCCGAACACGUCUUCUUUCGAUUUAGUUGGAUGCUCCUACACAGCCUGGUAAACAUGUCAUCAUCACCAUAG